GCGGCCGCUGGCUUUCCCCGCGCGGCCCCCGGGAGAGAGCCGAGAGCCGCCGGAGCCCAGGCUCCCUCCGUGCUGCGGCAGCGGGGGCGCAGCUCGCCUUUGCAGAUGGCCAGUCCGGGCUCGGGGCUGCUGGAGGCGACGCAGCCUCUGGGGGACUCGCCGGAGCCAGCGUUGGCCGAAGCGCAGCAGUGGAUCGAGCAAGUUACGGGGAGAACCUUUGGUGAUAAAGAUUUUCGGUCUGGAUUAGAAAACGGUGUUCUGCUGUGUGAGUUGCUGAAUUCCAUAAAGCCUGGUUUGGUCAAAAAGAUCAACAGACUGCCAACUCCCAUUGCAGGACUGGACAAUAUUGCCUUGUUCUUAAGAGGCUGUAAAGAAUUGGGGCUUAAAGAAUCUCAGCUUUUUGACCCGGUAGACCUGCAGGACAACUCAAGCAAAGCAACAGUCAGGAAUCUUGACUGUAGCAGAAAGCUGAAAAAUGUUUUAGUCACCAUCUAUUGGCUGGGGAAAACAGCAAACAGCAGCACUGGUUUCAGUGGAGCAACGCUCAACCUGAGGGAGUUUGAAGGAUUGCUAACGCAGCUGAGAAAGGAGACUGAGGAUGUUGAGAGCCCCAAGCGCAGCAUCCGUGACAGCGGCUAUGUAGACUGUUGGGACUCUGAACGCAGCGAUUCCCUUUCUCCUCCCCGCCACGGAAGAGAUGAUUCUUUUGACAGCCUGGAUUCCUUCGGCUCCCGCUCCCAGCAGACGCCGUCUCCAGAUGUGGUGCUGAGAGGAAGCAGCGAUGGCAGAGGAAGUGAUUCGGAAUCUGACUUGCCGCAUCGAAAGCUGCCAGAUGUGAAAAAAGACGAUAUGUCUGCAAGGCGGACAUCUUAUGGUGAACCCAAAUCAGUUGUGCCUUUUAACCAAUACCUCCCCAAUAAGAGUAACCAGACUGCCUAUAUUCCGGCUCCUCUCAGGAAGAAGAAGGCUGAACGGGAGGAGUUCAGGAAGAGCUGGAGUACUGCUACUUCUCCCCUAGGAGGAGAGAGACCUUUCAGCAAAAGCCACCCUGAAACUAUCGAAGAGGAACAAACCGAAGUACUGGCGCAAUCUGAAGAAGAGUGUUCGGGCUGUUGCGUGUCUACUGCAAACCCCUCUGGGAAGCCUAUUCAAGCAGAAGUGAACCAAGGAGAGCCUUUACGUCAGUCGUCUACACAUUCUGCCAAGAAAGCAGCGGGGCCCAGAAAUCCCGAAAAAGAUCCCAAGGAACUGGGCAAGCUACGAAGGAUUGAGCAGGCCGGUAUUAAGAUCAUGCCGGCUGUGCAACGCUAUGGUAGCAGUCAAUUGCACAUGUGCGAAAUGGAUGAGCUUACUCCAGACAUCAUCCUUCGCAAAGAGAACCCCUUUAUGCUGAGCUAUCAGCGGAAAGAUUCUGGGUCCGAAGACGAACGAGAUGACAGGAUUCCCGACCUAGAGAAGGAUGAUUUUGCUAUACGCAGAGCAAGACUAAAUCAGCCCAAACUUACGUUGCCAUUUAACCAGUAUCUACUUGGAUCUUAUGCAAACAAAGAUCGAGGUAAAGUGGAAGAAGGGAAGAAACAAAAGAAAAAGCAGGAAUGUUCAAGUGGACAGAAGAUGGGUGUGACUUCAGCGAGGCCGGUGGUGAUAUGCGAAGACAAACCAUUCCUGCAGUCACAGAAGGACGACUCUAAGGAGAAAGACCAAUCUAAAUUUCCAGAUGUUCAAAGAGAUGACCUGGCUAAGCGAAAAACUCAGGCUAGCCCCUCCCAAGUAGAUUUGCCAUGUUUUGUGAGAGCUACUAUAACACAAGCAGAUCAAGACACCUGGGACCGACUGAAAGUUUCAGGGAAUUCCAGCGACGAGGAGCUCACGAACGCCCCAGGUUCGUUUCUGACCUCCGAAACGGCAGUGGAAGCUGCCGGUCGUAACCGCUUUGCAAGCCGCAAAGUGAGAAUGUCCGAGAAGGCCAGCAGCCCCAAGCAGAGGUUUGUGCACUUUGGGCCAGUGACAGAAAUUGACCUACAUGCUUGGGAGAAGCUUUCAAUUGCUAGGGCUGCGCCUAAAGAUGACAUGGAAGAGGCAGCCAAUAGGGAAAGAGCUGGGGCUCUUGGGACCACAGCUGAAACCUCAUCCUUGCUCUUUGUGAGCCAUGUCAACUCUCUUGGUCAUCCUGACGAUGUCCACAGGCCGCAUGCUAAUCCCAGUGAAGUUAUGGAUGCAUGUAAUUCAUCUCUCUCGGAUGCCUGUGCUGAUUCUCAGAAGCAAACACCAAGCAGUUUGAGCGAGUGGCACGAGAGCAGCGAGGAAGAGAUGGAUAGCAGCUUCCCAGAUAUUGAGAGGGAUGAUAUGCUGGCUAGAAGAUUUGGAACUUUUCAGAAAUCUACUAGCCCCCUUCGCCCAUCUUGUCCUCCCAUUUCAGUAGUCAGUUAUCGUCCCUUGAAACAGCAAGGAAAAGAACGGAAGGCUCUGCAGAAAGCAGAAAGAAGUUCCCCGUUGACUUGCGCGACACGACAUUGUUUGGGAACACCUUCCCCCGUAUCCCUAAGCUCUGUUGCCACAUGCGAAGAUGGCUUUGAGAAGUCUAAAGACCAAGAUGAGCACAGAACUAAUCCAGCAGGAGGCAAAGCAGGAUUCAGGAAUCCAGGGAAAGAUGACAUGAUGGUGAGAAGAACCAGAGAUUUUCCGAAGCAGACUGGACCAAGUGUUAGUCAGUUCCUCCCAGUUCCUUUCUCGAAACAGCAGAAUGGUGGGGAAGCAACUAAGGAUCUUGUAAAGACUGAACAGAAAGUCAAGAGCAUUACCGUGACGGACUCGGCAGGCCCCGAAAAGCAUCCAAAGCUUUGUGCAGAAAGUCCUCAAAAGCUUUCGGCGCAACCUGAGCAGAAACUGGAUGAUGGAAAACACAGAGUCCCUGGUGUGAGGCAAGAUGGCGCCUCUUCUGCUCCUCAUAAGGACUUGCUAGACUCCAAGCCACUCCAGCCAGGAGAUUCUUCAGAGAUGCAGCUUACUGAAAGAAACAGCCAAGGAUUUGCGUCUCUAAAGGACGGACAUGCACAAACAUUCGGCUCCAGAACUCCUGUGUCUGAUGACGCAGAGAGCGUGAGCAUGUUUGACAUGAGGUGCGCAGACGAGGCUGCCGUGAUGCAACCUCAUAGCCAAGCUCGCCACGAGAAGCUGCAGACUAUCCACCACCAGCUCAAAGAGGAAGAGGACCGGUGGCAAGAUGACUUAGCCAGGUGGAAAAGUCGCCGGAGAAGCGCUUCUCAGGACUUAUUUAAAAAAGAAGCCGAGAGAAAGAAGAUGGAGAGACUACUGACUGGCACUGAGGAGGCCAGUGAGCGGAGGAAAAGCAUAAAGACCUACAGAGAAAUUGUGGAAGAGAAAGAGAGGCGCGAGAGAGCUCUGCACGAAGCGUACAAGAAUGCCAGGUCACGCGAGGAAGCGGAUAAUAUUCUCCAGCAGUACAUCGAGAGGUUCACCAUUAGCGAAGCUGUCCUCGAGCGCUUGGAGAUGCCAAAAAUUCUGGAGAGAAGCCAUUCAGCGGAGCCAAAUUCGUCGUCCCCACCCAAGGACCCCAACCCCCUGAGAUACUUACGGCAACAAUCGCUCCCCGCCCCCAAGUACACUGCCAAGGUAGAGGCAACCAUCGCUCCCGCCGGCGGGUCAGAGGCCAGCGUCUCGCCAGGCCGCACCUCUCCAAGCAAACCGUUUGUCUCGAAGGCUGUGCCUAUGCUGACUGCCAAGCCUUACUCGCAGCCCAAAAGCACACAGCAGGUGUUGAGAACCUUUAAGGUGGAUGGAAAAGUCAGCAUGAACGGAGAAGCUGUCAACGGAGUGGAAGAGGAACGAGAGAGAGAAUGCACAACGUUAAUAUUUGCCCCUUCGCCAAGCCGAUCGCCAAAGUCCAACAGUGCGGUGGACGGUUCCUCAGUGGAGGGGGAACAAAACAGCCCUAGCACUGAGCUUGUCCUAAAGCGGCUCAUCGAGCACAGCAAAGACAGAGCGCAGACGGGCGUCUUGACGGAAGAAGCGAAAUCAAUCAACCAAAAUGAGAAAACCGAUGCGGAAAGACUGUCUCCAGACCACAAAGAAUUCAGCACAACCGUUUCCCGUGCCAGCCCUACUGUGGCCAUGGCGGAGUUCUCUUCCGUCACGAACUCUUCCCUCAGUAAUCAUCGCAAGGAAAUGGGCUCAAAUGAGGAGCCGAAGACACUUGAAAGGGGGCAACUGAAGGAUGUAGAAGCACCAGUUAUCCAGAAGGUAGAGACUUUGGAAGCCCCUGUGCAAGAUGGAAGCAUCAUAUUUCCACUUUUGAAGAUAAUCCCUGAGAGGAGCCAAGUGGUUUUGCAGAAUUCUGCCCCACAAGCUGGCACUGAGAACAGUGACAAAUCAAAUCGCUUUGGUUGCUGGUCUUGGGACCCAGAGGAGGAGCGUAAGCGACAAGAACGAUGGCAGCAUGAACAGGAACGUGUACUUCAGGAAAGGUAUCAGAAAGAGCAGGACAAGUUGAAAGAAGAAUGGGAAAAGGCUCAAAAGGAAGUUGAAGAGGAGGAGCGGAAAUACUAUGAGGAGGAACGCAAGAUCAUUGAGGACACUGUGGUCCCAUUCACAGUCACUUCGAGCUCUGCAGAACCCCUGUCCACGUCUUCCUCUGUGACGGAUGGAAAUGGGACUGUGAAUAUGGUGGACGUGAGCUACUCUGAAGAGGAAGAUAAGCAAAAGGAAGAUAGAACUCGGAAGAAUUUAUUUUCUGAGCAAGAUGGUGUUCCCUUUUCAAAAAGCAAAGAAUAUGAACCAUGGAAGGAGAAUAUGAGCACUGUAAAUAAAGAAGAAUAUAUAAGAACCAGUAAACAGAGAGGAAAUGAGCAAGACCCACAGAUGUCCAGGACAGAACGUCUACAGCCCACUGAGAUGACUUUGCCACUGUGCCAGGAUGUUACGUGGAAUCAGCAGUUAUUAAGUAAACAGAGCCCACGUGUUUCAGACACGAAACAGAAAAACUUUCCAUCGGAACAUAAUUUAGGUCUGCCGGUCAGUUCCGCAAGAGAAAUGAGGAGGGCAGGCUGUCGAGAGAGCUCUGGAGCUGGGCGAUCAUCAUCAUCACCCUGUUCUCCUACAACUCAAAGCCAGUCACCCAACAGGUCUGUAAGCGGAAAGAAACUCUGCUCUAGCUGCGGACAGCCUCUCGGGAAAGGCGCAGCCAUGAUUAUCGAAACACUCGGUCUUUAUUUCCAUAUUCAGUGCUUCAGGUGUGGAAUCUGCAAGGGACAACUUGGAGAUGCAGCAAGCGGAACAGACGUCCGGAUUAGAAGUGGUCUUCUCAACUGCAAUGACUGUUACAUCAGAUCCAGAACCGCUGGUCAGCCCACGACUUUGUGACAUGGAUUUCAGUCUUGCGUGCAGAUGUGUUCUCCAAGAAGGAUUGUCGCUGUUGUUCUGUUCCUGGGGCUUCUUCGGGACAAUCUCUUGUCAGAGCUUAUAUCCAUGGACUUGAUAGCUCUCAUCUCAUCUUUGCAAGGCAGGCACAAAAGGCUACAUCGGCUACUUUCCAAUGCAAUACAUAUUCCACCCCCUUUCUUAAGUCACUUACAUUACAUGUAUGACGUUCAUCUCUGGACUUUCAGCUCCUUUUCCCUCUCACAGGAGCGUGCGUGUUCCAUAUUAUCAGUUACGUUUCGUUUCCGAAUCUGCUCUUAUGAAAGUAACAAGGAAAUAAAGAUGCAAUAAACCUGUCCUGUUUCUAAUACGACUAGGAACUGAGAAUGUUAAGUUUACACUACUUUUUGUAGAUGUUCUAUAAUAUGCCAAUGUGUAAAUCUAAUUAGUUGCAUUUGAAGAAGAAGAAAAUUUUAACAGCAUGACAGAAAGCAGUUUCCCCCCUGUUUUGUUUCUGAAGUGGUAACUUUUUUAUAUAUAUACAAAGACACUAGUUUGAUCCAAACAUCCUGUAAUUCUGAAACAUUUUACUAUAUUACUUUCAGUGGAAGUCAGGAAAUUGAGUGAGCAAGUGAUUGCAUGUUCAAUCCUAUACCCAUGGACUUGGGAAUAGGACCCACUGAACUCAGUGGGGUUUACUUCUGAGCAGACAUGCCUAGGAUUGGACUGACAGUCAUGCCAUCUGUUGUGUGCAUAAAAUGAUGUUUCUUGUAAUAACAAACUAUUUUACCGAAUGAAGUGUUUUCUCUAAGCUUAAAUAAUACAUGCAUUCAAGGUUGUAGAAAUACCCAACAGGUCGACUGGCAGCCCAUGAGAUGAAUCUACUUUCUGAAGCAAUUUACCAGCCACUGGUAGCUGUACCCUGUUUUAAUCGAAAUGUGCCCAGGGUUUGACUUAGAUGCAGAGGGAAGUUGGUACCUAAAUCAUCAUCUAGCCCAAUCUCAAUGCAGCUCCGUGAAGAUGUGACGUUAUUUCUCUCCCUUGGUGCUGGUGUGCGAUGGUCCGUCUAUGCCUCGGCACGUGUGUACCAUAAUUGUGAAAGUGAAAGUGUUGCUCCUAUGGGAGGGGGGGAUGUAACUUUUUAUGGAGUCUGACCCAUAAACACCUAGCACCUCCGACCACUUGCUGUAUGGAAAAUAAAAUGGCUCCUGAGGAUGCAGGAUUUGGCGCACCCUAGAAUAACCGUUAAGAAGUCCAUCUUGAGAUAAAUAUCAUAGAACGGCCACUGCAAAUGCUUUCUGCAAGGUUGGUGGAGCAACACUGCAAGCCAAGGCUGCUAAUUUUCGGUUGUAGGGAAAGACGUUUGUGGGCGGCAGGGAUGGAGACACACAGCCUGAAGAAAACAGGACAGACACUCUGGAAUUUGGGGCUGUAGAGCCUUUCAUUCUGCAGAGAGUGGGCAUGCUUGACGCUGGAGUAUUCAGUGAUGGGUACAACUUUGGGACGACUCAUUUAUAUAUUCCUGCUUCCAGUAAAGUUGCCACAGAGUUGGUUAAACUUCUGUACCCCAAUGAUUCUGCAUAUAUCGAAUUUAAAGGGGGAACCUGGGCCCGUAUGAAUACAUGGUAAUAAUCAUAUGAUUUUGGCUGAGAUCCAAGCUCCUUAGGCUAAAACCGGUGAGAUGCACUUCCAAAUAAAUAUGCUUAGGAUUUGGGUAUGUUUACACGCACACAAAUUUAGGACAAGGCCAUACACUUUUAUUCAAGGAGGGAUAAAGUGCUGGCAUCAGUCCCCAUGUGUUGGCUCUUCCUGGAACAUUGCCUCUUAUGCCUGCAGCCGUAUACUCUGAAGGGAAAUGGCGCUACAAAGGCUUAAGAGUCAAUGGCCUAGGAAGACAGCCUGAACUCAUAGUGCAUUGAUGCAACUGUUUCCAAGGCUGUGUGCUCCCUUAGCAGCGUGAUCUUCAUCAUUAAACCCAGAUUGAUUCCCACACCAAUCUGGUAACAUGCAUAAUGUGGGAGGGGUACUAUGACUGUGGGCGUCUGAUGUGGUUACUUUGACACUGGCGCAUUCCCAGUGUAGGAAUGGGAAGCAGCCACAUCGUUCCCCACAUGCAGCCUCCUCGGUGUGCACACAAUGUUACGUCCUGGAGCAGCAUGAGAAUCGGCCACAAGGAAGGAGCAGCAACAACCAUGCUUUUCAGAUAGCUAAAGAACCAGCCCUCUUGACCAAUAAUGAUGGAAGUUUUGCAAGAAAUAAAAGAGAGGGGGUGCUAUAUUUGAAUCUGGAUUUAAACCCGGUCAAGUCAGCUGCACCGGGUGUGUUUCUGAUUUAACAUUUUCCUGACUCCUAAGGAACUGGGAUGGUGAUCAGAGGCAGCACACUAGAUUUAGCUGAUGUGCUACGGUUGUAAAAUAGUGGUUUGUGAGCAGUAUUCUUUGGUAUCUUCUGCAGGCUGAGUAAAGGUGCGAGAGAUUGGAAAUCCUAUGUAGUUAUGGUCUUCAAAAAGGAAAAAUAUAUUUAUGCUGCCUUAAGAAUAUGAAAGCAACAAACAAAAUUAAUUGAGAUUCCUUGUUGUAUGUGACUGUAUUUGCACAUCGGUUAUCUCUUGGUGGGCUAGCAGAAAGAAAUAGUGGACAUUUCUUAGGUAAGCAAUAAAUAUUUUCUAAGGGUGACACAGUGUCACUAUUUAUUUAUGUGUCUAGGUGGUUCUUGAUGUGCAGUUGUGCAAACAUGCAACAAUGUCUCCUUUUGUCACUCAAAAGCAUUUGUAUACGAUUGUGUCUAUCUUAAAACAUACGAUUGUCUGAUAGGAAGUUACACAUUUCAUUAAAAUUGUGCCUUAGAAAAUACAAAGCUGUUGCACAUUCACCAGUGACAGAUGGAUGUAAUAAUUGUGGUGUUGUUUUUUAAGAAAAAAUAUUAUUCCUAAGGACAGAGAUGGGCAACGAAGUUGUUCUGCAAACAACAAACCUUGUGGGACUGUCCAUUUGACCCCCACAUUGUGAGUAGUCAUUGAAGUGAUUUGUUUGGGGAUACAUAUAGAUAACUUUGCUGUUUGAAUGGAUUGUGCUGUAGUCAUAAUACCUCUUUGUAUAACACGAAAUGCACAGUAUAAAAACUGAAGCCACAAAUUUGUGUAAAUACCUUUCUCCUCCACCAAAAAAACUGAAUUAUUCCCCUGCUUGACUGCAGUUUUUACAAACACUUACCUUGGAAUAAGCACUAUUGGGGGAAGAAGAAAAAUUGCUUCUUAGUAAGCAAGUAUAGGAUUACAGUGCAAAGCAAUCAUUCCCAAACUGUGGACUGUGAGAGCGUUACUUGUGUGCUUUGUGACAUGAAUUGGACUACAUAGUUAAAAGCUCAUACAAUUCCAAAGUACAGGAGAGGCUGCCCGGUGUUUCUCUGCAUGAUGGAUUGCUCCACCCCCCCUCCUUCCGAUCAGCCAAGUGGAGGCAGAUCAUUCUGUGGUGUGUCUCUGUCUCCAUUGCGCUAUAUUAAAUACAGAGUUGCAGCACAAUUGGACAUCCUCCAAGGAGAUUUCCCAUUGCAUCUCUGAGUUUCUGCUCCUUCCAUUCAGUGGCUUAUGCAGAAACGCAAGAAAUUGGCUCCUCCUGGAUAGCCAUUCUUCCUCUCACACACUACAAAAGGAAACCGCUUUGGGUGCAGCAGUGAUGUGCGCCUCCGUUUUUAAUUCAGACAUGGCUGUGUCAGCUCUCAGAAGUUUGGGAAAUUGCAUCAAGGGUUGGAAUUGGGUGCCUCCUGCUCAGGAAAUGGCCUCUGCUUGUAAACAGACAGUCCUUGAGGUUCAGCUGGAAGGCAGGCCUCUGACCUGAGCACUGCGGUUUGCAAGCCCAAGUGGUCAGUUCCACAAAUUGGACUUGUCAGUGGCACAACCUAUUGUGUUGUUUCUGUUCCCUUGUGAAACAGCAGGGGCUGCUGAGCCUGAGGGCCACACCCAAGCCUCUGGGGGUCACAUGGCCACCUCACACUCUUCUGCAGACUGCACAAACACCCUUUCUCAGCUAACCCAUGCAGAUUAGUUGAGGAUGGGGAUUUGUCGCCAUCUCUGCAUUCAAGUGAUAAAUCCAGUGACCAGGGAGGGAUGAUUUACAUCCCCACCAGGGCACUGAACUGUACCCCACCACAGCAUUUGAUCUACAUUAACCCCCUGCCCCCCCCUUUGCUGCUGCCACAAAAAUCAGUGGCUUUCUGGUGGAAGAGACCCUUGAACUGGGGCUUAGCCGUCCCUGCUUCAAAUAAAGGCAGACGUAAGGACCCAACACCAAUGUUCUGAAGUUCAUUCAGUUGUGGCAUUCUUGCUACUGGCAGCAAGUGUGUUCCCUGCAAAUUGGAGCUGGGUUGUGCAUUAAGUCUCCAGACUGCAGUCUACUUCCUGAUGCAGAGCAGUUGCACACCUGACCGGGAGAUUUGUGUUUACGUCGAUGCCCUCUUAAAAGGUGUUGAGAGAGCAGUCUCGCAUAGGUAUUUUGUGCAUGUGAAGGACUGCGAAUAAGGGCCUGAACCCAGCUUACAGUUGGGUAUCUUCAAGACUUUUGGGAACCAGUGGUGCUUAAGGGCACAGCUCUGUGCUUGUUGAGUAUAAGCCAGUGGGGAGCUCUGAUAAGGCUCCCGUUGAAAUGAAUAGAACUUGCCCCAAGAGCAGAAGAUGGUGUGUUCUUGUGCAGGUCCUGUUGCUUUCAGUGGGUCUUGCACAGCAGCAUAUCCCAGUGGCUUGUGAAGACGUUGAUUUGCACUUGUGUGCAAAGGUUGCUUUUUUAAAAAUAAAAAAAAUCAUGCAAAAUCAUGAGGAUGGUGUAGCCCUGAUCCUGCUUGCAAUAACCUUCAAGUCCUGCCAGUCUUCAGUAAGAGAAUAACUGCAGCCGGAAUUUACAUGCUAGCAGAAUUUUUCAAGUGCAACGUUUUUAUACACAAACAGGAUUUUAUGGCACAUCCACUUAGGAAUGUAGCUGACCGUCUUUCUACUUGUAAACUGGAAGAUGGCAGCAGCUAACUUUACAUGUAUCAAAACCUGAAUCACUCACACGUUCCGCUUCCAUUAAGAUGGAUUAGUCACCAGCAUAAAGAUUUUUUUAAACUGUCAACUCUCCCUCUUUAUAUUUCAUUUCAAAUGAGUAUGCACACUGCAGCCGCCUCAUUAUUUCCAGCUCUGUUUAUAAACGUGUUAAUAUUUGUUUCACAAAUAACUUGGGAAUGGGUAAGGGUAGGGAAUGGCCAGGGAGGGGGGAGUUUAUCUACUGCUAUGUUGGUUUGAAAUGGUAAAUAAUGUGUUUCAAAAGAUAAUUUACUGUUGACGCGCCGAUAUAAUAAACAUAAUGGAUUAAAAUAAAAACCCCAAAAAGUGUAUUUAGCUUCUAAUUUCUUUAGAGAGCAGGCAUAACCAUGUCAUAAUUAUUUUUUUAUAUAUUUCAUUUUCAAAACUUCAUAGUGGCCCUUAUUCUUGUUAUGUAGAAUUAAUUCCGUAUUCUCUGUAGUUAUCUAUAAGUGGUAUAAAAGUUGGUGAGCCAGAAGAGGGCUACUUUAUAUGCAAGAUCACCAAAGGGUGAAAGUCCUACUUGGGUUAAUGUUGAAUACCAGUUACACUAAUCUCCAUUGAUGAUAUUUAUUCUAAAAUGCCUCUGGAAAGCAAGAGAAUUCUUGUCUAAAUGCAACAGCUUUUAUAGUAAAUGUUACGUUUAUAAAUAAACAUUGAUUAAAACUGG